GGUGCGCUUUUCUUCGGAGCAAGACCCCGAGGUCCGGUGCGCUGGAAAUUUGCUGUGCGUGGACGAGAAAAAUCACAUUCAACGCCUCCCUGCUCCCUUGGUUCAUUCUCUGCGCCUAGUGCACCGGUUGCACCACCCUACUCGGCACAGGUGUGUGUACUGUGGCAAAUACAGUUGAGUGGGCGCAUAUGAGAGGCGGCUACCGUCCGGGGAUAGUGGUGCAUAAAUGAAAAAUAAAAAAUAAGUCAGAGACGACACCAAGGGAAUAACAAAAAAAGCGGACGAUGUCUGCGAGUUCGAUUUUUCACCGUGAAUCAGUGUAGUGAGCAUUUGGUGUGGAGGGGGCUCUAUCAACAUCGAUGCUGGGUGUUUGACUGUGUAUAUGUGAUUAUGUAAAUACAAGUGAUUUAGAUAAGUAUGACUGAUGUAGAGAGAAAUCCACCCCGGAUUAUUAUCUUUCAUACAUAACUGCAUCGUGAAGGGCUUAUGGAUCAUGCAACGCUGAUCGUACAACAGAAAAACCUUCAUCGUUCGGAUUAUUAGUAGCAAUACGAAGUGUUUUGCAAAUUCUGUCGUGUAUUUGCGGUCGUUUUUGCACCAUGUGCUCUUUUCUCGACACGUGUUUUCCAUUUUCAACUAUCUCUCGAAACAACGAAACCUGAUACACGAGUGGUGCGUGCAUAAAUGUGUUCAGUCCAAACGCAACACUUUCAUCUACAAGUGUGUUCAUAAAAAUUGGAAUAACCCACGUGAAACAGCGACGAUCGACCUCGUCGCAAUAUCGAAGGUGACUUCAAAAUCUAGUCUGCACUCGGUGAGGUGCUCGUAUAUGGUUCAUAAAAUACAUUCCAGAGGGCAGUAAAAAAAAAGAACACCCAUUCGUCGGCUGCCAUUCAAUAACAGUAUCCACUCGAGAGCGGAACAGCGUUGCACAGAGUUUGGCUUCUCGCAAAACUUUCGGAAAACAUACAGAUACAUCGUACGAAAAUAAAUCAAAUUCCGGUAACGAUGCCGACACCGCUGGACAGUGGACGGCUUGCGGUCGGUUCAACAAGUGACUCGACCUUAGCGUCGGAUCGAGCGUGAAGAGGAUGCUCAUCAAGGCUAUACAUCUUCACAUCCAAUUCAACAAACAUCGGUGAUGGGUCAUCUUCAUCAUCGCCACCAUCACCCGGCUCAUGAUCGGCUGCUCGCUAGACUCGUUUUCGGUACUGUAUUGCGACCGACAAGCUCGCCGUCCCAACAAUACCACUGCUAUCGUCACCGACACGUACUGCGCUGGGUGCUCGUGGGGCUUAUCUCCUUCCUGAUUAACUCAGGACAUGGACUGGAACAGCUUUCCGGUCAGCAGGAACCCCAAGCUGACCAGCAACCCAUCCCACCAACGCUUUCGUCGACCUCCACGCCGACCCCAACACUCCCGCCCUGCGAACAGCGUGCCCUGGACGAUAUCCCACCCGAUCCGUUCUACGACCUGUCGGACAUUACGAUCAGUGCGGCUAAAUCGUUUGCCGAUUUUCUCGCUAGCCGCAAGAUAGAUGGUACGUCUCGUGACGAUCGCAAGUUUGCACUCGCCCGCGAGAAAGCCAACGAGCUGGCAACCAGCGUACUGAAGCAGGACGAUGGAUUGCUGUUGGCAGUUGGCAUUGCGUACCCGCGGCUUCCACUGGCCGUGGUACAGUUUCGGGAUCAGAUCGACAGCGCGCACGUCAAUCUGUCCGAGAGCAAGAACUUCCUGUCAACGUACUGGCGCGAGUUGGGAGCUGCAUGGAACCAGAGCAAUGGCGCACAGUUCUGGGGUGCUCCGUUUCGUGACUGCGGCCCCCUCUACGGACGGUGGCUUUGGCCGUACAGCGUUACCGUGGAGUCACAGGGUGUCAAAAUCGUAGCUUCGGCGUUCAUUGCAGCCGACGUGGAUCAAUGCAACGAUGCCCUGGAAUCGAUUUUUGGCCGUCGUCAUGUUUGCGAUCGUGAGUCCACCUUCUGUCUGCUGUCCGAGCUGGACGCCUCCAAGCCCCGGGGCAAGUAUACUUGCGUCUGUCGCCCCGGUUACUACAUUCCCAACGAAUCAAUACAGGGGUUUUCAUCUGAGAAAGACGAUGGCAACAUUACAAACUUUAGCUGCAUUCCUUGCCCAAGCGCAUGCGAGUGUGAUUCGGAGGGUAGCUGCAGCAGCCCGGACGAGGACUUUAGCACCGAAACACUCAUGAAGGCUACGAUCGGUGCUAUCUUAGGAGCUUGUAUGCUUUGUUGUUUAGUGUUAGCGUUAAUUGUGUUCCGCCAACGGAAGUGCAAGACCAUUGCCACCGGGAUGUGGACCAUUUUAGAAACAAUUUUAUUCGGCAUUUUACUUCUAUACUUAGCGGUUGCGCUACACUUCCUGCAGGCAUCGACUGUGCGUUGCCUGCUGGAGCCGUGGUGUCGCGAGCUGGGCUUCAUCAUCUGCUACGGUGCUAUCGUGCUCAAGCUGUACCGUCACCUGGUGGAGUUCCGCACCAGAAAAGCUCAUCGAUGGGUUGUGAGAGAUCUCGAUCUACUGCGCUACCUGUGCGCCAUGAUCGUCGCGGUGCUGUGCUAUCUGGCCGCCUUUACCGCGACCAGUCUCGACUUUUUACAGUACAGCGAGCUGGUGUGGCAGAUGGACCAACCGCAGUCGAUGGACGCCGAGCAGGUCGCGUCCAAUAUGUGUCGCCCACUUCGCUGGGACUACGUAACCGAGGCCGGCGAGCUGCUAAUACUCGGCUUCGGUCUACAGCUAGCCAUCGCCAGCCGCAACGCAAACACACAAUUUCGGGAGCGACAGUUUUUAGUAGCCUCCAUACUGAUCGAGUUUCUCGUCUCGUCCACGUUCUACAUACUGCGCUUCUGGUAUUUGGAGGAGUUUAAUCCGUCUACACUGUUCUUAGCGCUGUUUGUGCGCUCGCAGCUGACCAACACCGUGACGUUGGGUUUGAUUUUUCUGCCCAAACUCUGGUACCAGCAUAAACAGGUUCGUUCCCUUGCCCAUGACGUAUCAUUCCGCUUACCUGUGGAUGCUUUCAAGGGUGCACAUGAGAGUACACACCAUGGCGGGGCGCUCGGCACAUACGCUGGCAUCUGCAUGGGUGACCCGGAGGUCGGCGACGUCACAAUAUCGGAGAUGAGUCCCGAGGACAUCAGAGCCGAGCUGAAAAGACUGUACACACAACUAGAAUAUUUAAAAAAUAAAACCCUUCGCCAAGACAAUCCCCACAUAAGCAAGCGAAGAGGAGGCAGAAAGGUGGCCCAUCGAAGAUUCUCACUCCAGAAAAAAGGAAGCCGAGAAAAGGCACUGAGCGCUAAACAUCGCCACAAUCGUCCAGCGGUGAGCGAAGUGGAAGUGACCGAAGCGGAACCGUCCCGUACGCCCGAGGACAGCGUGUGCAGCGUCGAGGGCCCAACCGACACCGGUACCGGAACCGGCGAGAUUUCCGGCAUUUCCAGUUCCAAAUAGCUACCGUCGGCCGGUGCGGUGCAAUCGCAACAGUCUGGCGGCCGAUCGCGCUACAAGGAAUACAAUUUUUAAGCAGUAGCAGCAGCAGCAGCUUUCCACAGCUAUCCACAGCUAUCCAACCAGUCCUCCAACAUCUCUUCACCUGCGGACCAUGCUGAGUCUCAACACUCUCGGUAACAAUAGCAGCUCAGUGAGUCUGGGAAAUGCACUGGACUUAUCCAGUGUUCACGUAAACCGGAAGCAGUUGCUGUUCAGACACGUUUAUGGGGCUGCCGUAUUGACGGGAUGCAGCCAGAACCUUUUCUCGUUUUGUCAAGCACACGAUAUUACACAGCGUUAGUUAGCGAACCAAGGGUUCAAAUAUUGGCAAAGAAAACAAGAAACGAAUCUAACAAACACCGGAUACAACCGAUCUUAAAUAUCCUUAUAUCAUCGUGAGAAACUCAUUUAUGUUAUCAUAUGCAGCAGUUCGCUUUUACACAUUCUCUCGCCAAGUCAAUAUUACUUGCUUUGAGUAUAGCUCAUGCAACAGUAAACAGCAAUAAGCUUUGAAAUAGGAUCUCAUUUUGUUCGUUGUUUAGUAAUGAUGAGUUAGCAACAUACUUCAAACAUUAUUUCCAAGCGAAUCAGAAAGAAGGGCGAGACCUACAUUAGUAUUGAGUUACUUGCAACUGAUCAUGAUACCUCAUUCAUAACAGUUUUGUUAGGAUAUUUGUUAAUACAAUGUGUGUUUAACAGUCAGAAUCCGGCACCGAAUGCAUACGGACAACCAAAUGUGUACAUAAGAAGGGAAACUCUCUGCAACGUUUACAUACACAAACACAAGUCACUCUUAACUAUUUUAAUGAGCUUCUUUCUAGAGAGAAAGACGCACAAUAUAGUGUAGAAAACUGUGAAGAUAGUUUAGACUGAACGAAAUAGAUGGCCAUCUCAUGCGGCAAACAUUAGUUGGCAGCUGCACCACACAAAAGCCCUAGAAAUAGGGUAAGGAUCCCUUUUACUAGUAAGAACAGAAACAAGACCGCAAAGCGACAAAGUUUGAAUUUAAGUAAAAUUUAAAACGAAAGUAAAUAAGUAGUGUUAUGUACAAAAAAAAAACAAUACAUAUACGCACAAAGACAAAUGACAUUGUAUCGAACAUGUCUUAGAUGGAGCUGGGUACUUGAGCGAGUGUGAGUACAUCUAGACUCCCCCCUGUUAUCACGUAAAUCACGCAACAGAGUUGACGAUUUCUUGUAUCAUAAUAGGGAACAAUGUGUAAGUAACGUGUAAUGAUUACUAUUAUAAAGAACAAACAUACAUACAAUAUCCCUUAUCAUGAGCUUAAUCAAAUAGAUAAUCCAAACAGCAGAAAACAUGAAUAAACACUUCGCUGUCGAGACAGUUGGUUGGGCGGUUGGUUUGGGAGAAUCAGACUCCGAUCGGCAAUGUGCAAGUGUGGCACGUGUUGACGUGUAAACGCAGCCAAGUAUAGCAGACAUUUACACUCUGAUCGCACGGACCAUUCACCGCUGUGGUCCACUAGGAUAGCAUCAUGUGCAGCGAGAGCUAGGGAAAUGCAGAAGACAAAAAUAACAUAAUUAUAUUACAUACAAAAUUUAGGGCAAAUUUAGGGUCGGAUGUUGUAAAAAAUAACUCACAACACACAUAAUCAUUGCUUUGUUCUUUAGACAGAAAAGCGACUAUAAGUGGUUCUGUUUUAUGCGUUUACCCAAUGUACGCUAAUGUUUUCAUUCUCAUUUAACAAUUUGAAUUUCUUCGCCCAACCGUCUCUGGGGCUGGGACCUCCAGCCUAGUCGAGAUUGGUGCUGGUAGGCGAAGAAAUGUGUAACCAAACGCCAACUCCGAAAGAUCCGCUCUCUCGAUGCGCUUGUUCCCGGCUGUUGGUGGCGAACUCGUUUACCACCACCCACAGAGACAAGAGACACACAACAAGACCGCGGAACCUGCUCCAUCGAUCGAGCCGUCGAUUAGGGACGGGAAGGUAUAUAUAUAUAUAUAUAUAUAGUGUUAUAUACGUGUAACGAGACGAGACAUAUACGAUUAGUUCGUUUACUCAAUAAACAGAAUUGUAUCUUACUAUCGUUAAGUGGAACUGCUACUACUACUAUUACUACUACUGUAACUAUCAUUGCAUAAGAAGUAUUAUGAAAUGUUUAACAUGUAUCAUGUCUGGGAGGACAAACUGCAUGCAAAUCAGUGGGAUAGAAAAUGAACGAAGCCGUAGCGGGGGUGGGGGGUUAGACCGAUCGGUUAGUAGAUUAAAAUGGCAGCGAAUAGCAUAUAUACCUAACAGGUGGUAGCAACUAUUGUAACAAAAUAGGCAAAGUACGCAGCAGAAGCAUAAAAUGUUCUGAUUACGCGGACGAAGGAAGCACAAACAAUGACGAAAUGAAACUAUCCACCUUAACGUUUACUGUACUAUCUUACUCUAGUUCUUACUGCAGACAAAAUAGAAGAAAAUACCAAAAAUUAGCUAAUGACAGCAGCAUUGUAAUGCCCACUCCAGUCCAGUCCACAUACACGUACAGAGUGUACUGAUGUUUGAAGGUUGAAAGUUGAUAACAAUCUCUCAAUGCAAAAAGGGAAUGAAAGUAAAGCAAAGACUACAAUGCAAUGCAAUGAGCUAGCGCUUUGAAAUUUGAUGAUAUUGCGAUUUUGAAUUGUAAUGUGAAGUAAAUUAAUAUAAUUGCUUUCGACAUUCUGUGCAAUACAAUAAAAGCAGAAUUUUGUACCACGUGUGCAUAAACUUUCAAAUCGAACGAAAGCAUAUACUUUCAACUUUCAUAUUGAUGCACCUGGCCACAAAGAAUAGGCAUGGAAUGUGUAUGCAAACACACAGGCAGAACACAGUUUAAUUUCAACAGCCGUUGUUCCCACCAGAAAGCAUUUCCUAGGUACGUUCCCACCUUUUUCCAAAAUUCAAUCAUGACUCGAAUCAUUUCUUUGAAAAAAAAAAUAGAAAAUCUUCAUACACGAAUCAACCUUGAGCAUGUGAAAAUAGAGAGUAACACGAAAUAAAAAUUCCCAAAUUUAAAGCGAUUGACAGCAACGGAAAAUGCACAAAUGUCCAAAAACCUCGAAUGUGUAGUAUCCGAGCCUGAGGGUCAGGCCAGCAGGGCCAGUGGUGUAUGGAAAGGGAAAGAAAUGGAACAAAACUGAUAAUAAAACAUGUACUGCAGGAACUUUAGUGCAAGUAAAUCAAGACGUAAACGUAAAACAAGAAUGAAUAAAACAGAGAAAUUCCCGA